AUGGAUGCGCCGUACUAUUCUGGCCCGCGGGAAUUCUGGCAGAUAGUUGAGGACCUAAAAGAGCUUCAUGCUGUACAAUUUGAGCAGGCCGAGCGGAUCGCACGACUCGAGCGUCGCCGUGACGAGGAUGCGAGAUUGAAAAGUGUUUGGGGUCCACUGUCGCCAUUUCCUACUCCGUUGGGGAGUUCUAUUCCCACUGAACCCGCUUACAAUUCUCCGCCUGACGCCUUCAAAGGAUUUGAUCAAGGGCCUCAUCCCGGGAUGUCUAGCUCGGCUAUGGUUAUGGAAGGUGAUGAGGAACCGCGACGAGGCGCUUCACGGGCGAACAGUGUGCGAUUUGAUGAGAGUGCUAUUCAUGGGUAUGGGCAGGCUAGUCGGUCAACCACCGAGCUGCCGCUCCGCACCGGUAGUGGGAUGGGAAGCUCAAUGAUGACCGAGCGAUCUUUUUCUCAUCGGUCAGAUGGCCGACUGAGCUCCUCGGGACACUCGCUUCAUUCGACACGCACAAAUAGUAUGGGUUUGGAAUCGAGUCGCUUAUUGGGCUCGUCAUACGGUGGAUCGUCGCCACUUCUCCCUCCACCUGGGUGGGCUCUCUUGGGGCCAGUACCUUGCAUCAUCCGAUGCUGGCUGACACCUAGAUUCUCAAAUGAGACGCUCCUCUAUGCCGCAGUCUGCUCAGGCUCCUACAUGUCAACAUUGGGCAUAUCGACCAUUCGCAAUCAUGGAUUGGAAGAUUCGAUAGAACAUGAAGAUGGCAUGAAAUACGUCAAGGUUCCCAUGCACCUCACCGAAGCUAGUAUCCACCAUAUUUCCCCUCGCUCCGGCAGCCCUGAGCCCCAGGUACCCACGUUGACAGUUCGAUUCUUGGUCCGCGAGACAGAUACCACCGACGAUUCAAUCGAAGUAAUCAUCGGGAUUGAUGUGCUUCGCGCACACAAUGCAGAUAUUUUGCUCUCUAAGGAAAAGAUCAUUAUGCUUGACGACGAGAGAAAUACCAUCUCCAUUCCCCUCGUCCGCCCCGAAAAGGAGUCUGCCUUCAAGACUCUACUAACAGCUUCAAACGGGAUCAAGAUCAACGAUGAAUCGGGAGAGCCCGCGGUAAAUGGGGAUGAAACCGCUGGAGUUAUUGGACAGUCCAGUGCUCAACAAUCAACUUCAGCCCCUGCUUCAACUCGCAUUUCCGUUGGCGAAGCAGUUGAAGGGAAGAAGCCUCGUCUGCAGGAUCAAGCUCCCACAAGUGCUGAAUCGCAUCCCACUUCGGCUUCGUCCCAUGAUCCAACUACUACCUCUAAGACCGAGCCUGCUACUGUAUGGAACUCUUGGCGUCGCCCAAAGCCUGAACCUAUUGCCACAGAGAAGAACGGGCCUGGCCGUCCCAUGAAAGUCCUUCGGCCUACCAAGCUCUCUACUCGUGCAGCAUCUUACACACCUGCACCAAUCAGUGUAUCUACAGAUCGCACCGAGUCUCAUGGCACAGCACCCAACUCUGCUGCCCCUACUUCCUCCGACGGUAACGCUUCGUCUGUGACGUCCGCAACCAAUCCCGUUGGCGGUGCCUCGGCGUUCGGAUGGCUGAACUCAUCCGGCCACGCGACUGGAACCCCUAAGUGA